CGUCGCCGGCCGCCGAUUGGUCCAGGGAUCGCACGAUCCCUCCUCUCUUCUCGCUCCCGGGUGCUUGCUGCUGGUAGCGCGCGGCCAUGGAGGCGAGGCGGCUGCUGUGGCUGGCGGCGGCGGUGUGCUGGGCGGUGGCGGUGGCGCGGUGCGACCCGCAGGUGCCGUGCUACUUCAUCUUCGGCGACUCGCUCGUGGACAACGGCAACAACAACUACAUCGUGUCGCUGGCGCGCGCCAACUACCCGCCCUACGGCAUCGACUUCGCCGGAGGCCCGUCGGGGCGCUUCACCAACGGGCUCACCACCGUCGACGUCAUCGCUCAACUCCUGGGUUUCGACGACUUCAUCCCGCCGUUCGCGGCCACGAGCGGCGACCAGCUCCUCGGCGGCGCCAACUUCGCGUCCGCCGCGGCCGGGAUCCGCGCCGAGACCGGGCAGCAGCUGGGCGGGCGGAUCCCGUUCGCGGGGCAGGUGCAGAACUACCAGACGGCGGUGGCGACGCUGGUGAGCAUCCUGGGCGACCAGGACACGGCGUCGGACCACCUGAGCCGCUGCAUCUUCAGCGUCGGCUUGGGCAGCAACGACUACCUCAACAACUACUUCAUGCCGGCCUUCUACAACACGGGCAGCCGCUUCACGCCGGAGCAGUUCGCCGACGCGCUCAUCGCCGACUACCGCCGCUACCUGCAGGUGCUCUACAACUACGGCGCGCGCAAGGUGGUGAUGAUCGGGGUGGGGCAGGUCGGGUGCAGCCCCAACGAGCUGGCCCGCUACAGCGCCGACGGCGCCACCUGCGUCGGCCGCAUCGACGGCGCCAUCCAGAUGUUCAACCGCCGCCUCGUCGGCCUCGUCGACGAGUUCAACGCGCUCCCCGGCGCGCACUUCACCUUCAUCAACGCCUACAACAUCUUCGCCGACAUCCUCGCCAACGCCGCAUCCUACGGGUUCACGGUGACGAACGCGGGGUGCUGCGGGGUGGGCAGGAACAACGGGCAGGUGACGUGCCUGCCGUACCAGGCGCCGUGCGCCAACAGGGACCAGCACAUAUUCUGGGACGCCUUCCACCCGUCGGAGGCGGCCAACAUCAUCGUCGGCCGGCGAUCCUACCGCGCCCAGUCGCCCAACGACGUCUACCCUAUGGACAUCAGCACGCUCGCGUCCAUCUGAUGGGUCAGGUGAUUCCGCUAAUCCACGCACCAAGGGUGGAAACGGGAUUCACCUCACUAGCCGUGCGAUUCUUUUUUCCUGUACAAGCGCGUAUAUCUGUAAUUUUUUUUCUACGAGGAAUACUUGGUAUAUCUGCA